UUUCUCCUUCGCUCACAACCCUCUCACUCUUCUCUGUGCCGUUUUCUCAGAGAAAAAACUGAGCGAGUAGAGAGAGAGAGAGAGAGAGUUUCUUCUAUCUCAAACCCCCCUCUAAUUCUCUUAUAUAGCCAUGGCUUUGCUCGUCGAGAAGACCACCGCCGGGAGAGAAUACAAGGUCAAAGACCUCUCUCAGGCUGAUUUCGGCCGUCUCGAAAUCGAGCUCGCCGAGGUCGAAAUGCCCGGUCUCAUAUCUUGCCGCACCGAAUUCGGACCCUCACAGCCCUUCAAAGGAGCCAAAAUCACUGGCUCCCUCCACAUGACCAUCCAAACCGCCGUGCUCAUCGAGACCCUCACGGCCCUCGGUGCUGAAGUCCGCUGGUGCUCCUGCAACAUCUUCUCCACCCAAGACCACGCCGCUGCUGCCAUAGCCCGUGACAGCGCCUCCGUCUUUGCUUGGAAAGGUGAGACCCUCCAGGAGUACUGGUGGUGUACUGAGAGAGCCCUCGAUUGGGGCCCAGGUGGUGGUCCAGAUCUGAUCGUCGAUGAUGGUGGUGAUGCCACUUUGUUGAUCCAUGAAGGUGUUAAGGCAGAGGAGAUUUAUGAGAAGAAUGGUACUUUGCCUGACCCCGCUUCUACUGAUAAUGCUGAGUUCCAGAUCGUUCUCACCAUUAUCAGAGAUGGGUUGAAGACCGAUCCCAAGAGGUACCACAAGAUGAAGGAUAGAUUGGUUGGUGUUUCUGAGGAGACCACUACUGGUGUUAAGAGGCUUUACCAGAUGCAGCUCAAUGGGACUUUGUUAUUCCCCGCCAUUAAUGUUAAUGACUCUGUUACCAAGAGCAAGUUUGACAACUUGUACGGAUGCCGCCAUUCACUCCCAGAUGGUUUGAUGAGAGCCACCGACGUUAUGAUUGCUGGCAAGGUUGCAGUUGUUGCAGGAUACGGAGAUGUGGGCAAGGGUUGUGCUGCAGCCUUGAAGCAAGCCGGAGCUCGUGUAAUUGUGACUGAGAUUGAUCCAAUCUGCGCCCUCCAAGCUCUCAUGGAAGGCCUCCAAGUUCUAACCCUCGAAGAUGUCGUCUCCGAGGCCGAUAUCUUUGUUACCACAACCGGUAACAAGGACAUCAUCAUGGUAGACCACAUGAGGAAGAUGAAGAACAAUGCCAUUGUAUGCAACAUUGGUCACUUUGACAAUGAGAUUGACAUGCUUGGUCUUGAGACCUACCCUGGUGUAAAGCGCAUCACCAUCAAGCCCCAAACCGAUAGGUGGGUCUUCCCCGAUACCAAUUCCGGUAUCAUUGUCUUGGCCGAGGGAAGGCUGAUGAACUUGGGUUGUGCGACCGGUCACCCGAGUUUCGUCAUGUCCUGCUCAUUUACCAACCAGGUGAUUGCCCAGCUCGAGCUCUGGAAGGAGAAGGAAACCGGCAAGUAUGAGAAGAAGGUGUAUGUUUUGCCAAAGCACCUUGAUGAGAAGGUUGCUGCCCUUCAUCUUGGAAAGCUUGGAGCCCGUCUUACCAAGCUCACCAAGGACCAGGCUGACUACAUUAGUGUGCCUGUUGAAGGUCCAUACAAGCCUGCUCACUACAGGUACUGAGGAAGAAAAGGAUGAGAAAACCGAGAGAAAAAUGAAAGAACCAAUAUAUUGGGACGGCCUGGCUGUUUGUUAUUUUUUAUUUUGUGAUUUUUACAUCUUGAUGAAUUGUGGUAGAGAUGUUAGGAUUUGAUUUUUUUUUUUUAGGGUUUUUGUGAUGGUGGUUGGAAAGUUUGGAAAGAAAGAAAAGGGAGAUUGAAUGGGUCUUCUAUGAUGAAAGACCAUAAUUGGGUUUUAAUAAGGAUUUGGAUGGGGUUGUGUGGGAUUAUAAUAUAUUUGUAACUGAUAAUGCAGGCUGAGUUUUGCUGCAUCUGGUUAUCAAUUUAAUAGCAAAAAGGUCAAAAAAAGAAAAAAAAAAUGAACUAUUUUUCUCUGCCUA